UUUUUGAUUACUCCUUGAGCGCAGUCGCCAGCCGGAAGAAACCGAAGAAGAACACAUCUCAGUGUAAGGAAGAUCUCUUCGCCGUCGCAGUCAUGGGUCGAAUGCACAGUAGAGGUAAGGGUAUCUCGGCAUCUGCUCUGCCGUACAAGCGUUCAUCCCCGAGCUGGCUGAAGACAACCCCUCAGGAUGUUGAUGAGUCCAUUUGCAAGUUUGCAAAAAAGGGUUUGACCCCGUCACAGAUUGGUGUCAUUCUUCGUGAUUCUCACGGAAUUCCACAAGUGAAAAGUGUAACUGGGAGCAAGAUUUUGAGAAUCUUGAAAGCUCAUGGUCUUGCACCUGAGAUUCCUGAGGAUCUGUAUCACCUGAUCAAGAAAGCUGUUGCCAUCCGCAAGCACCUUGAGAGGAACAGGAAAGACAAGGACUCCAAAUUUAGGUUGAUUCUUGUAGAGAGCAGAAUCCACCGGCUUGCUCGUUACUACAAGAAGACCAAGAAGCUCCCACCCGUCUGGAAGUAUGAGUCUACAACAGCAAGCACUCUUGUGGCUUAAGAGAAAAGUCGAUUUAGAAGUCCUUCAAGUACGACCAUUUCAUUGUCUGCACUACAACUCUGCAUUUAAACCUAUGUAUCUGUUUUCGCUACUUUUGAUGAGUUACUAUGAGAUUUUGAUUUAAGGGAACGAAUUUGAUAAUGCAAAUCUUUUAGACUUGUUAAUGUCAGUUUAUAUUUUACAGA